GUAAGAAUCAUUUGUGCGGUGCAUAAAUUUAUGAAAGAAGUGGAAUCAGUUGUCAAUUAUGGGGAAAUUAAACGUUACAGUUUUACGAUAUUUAACGCGAGAUGAUUUCCGUGUUUUAACUGCUUAUAUUGCAGAUCGAGAUGGGAAUGAAAAAUCACGAACUUGUUCCAGCAUCACUGGCAGCUCAGAUUGCCAAUUUACGGUAUGGUGGAGUUCAUAAAUUAAUGAGAGAACUGUGUAAACACAAGCUUCUCAGUUAUGAACGCGGCAAACAUUAUGAUGGUUACCGAUUGACAAAUGCAGGCUAUGAUUAUUUAGCCCUGAAGGUAUUGGCCCAAAGGGGUAUUGUCGUGUCCUUUGGCAAUCAAAUAGGAGUGGGAAAGGAAUCUAACAUUUAUGUUGUUGCGAAUGAAGAAGGAAAGUCACUUUGCUUGAAACUCCACAGACUGGGCAGAACAUGUUUCAGAAAUAUUAAAGGCAAAAGGGAUUAUCACCAACACAGAAAGUCAGCAUCAUGGUUAUAUUUGUCUAGAAUAUCCGCAACAAGGGAGUUUGCUUAUAUGAAAGCACUUUACGAUAGGGGAUUUCCAAUACCAAAACCAAUAGAUGCCAACAGACAUUGCGUUGUCAUGGAGCUGGUUGAAGGUGGACCUCUGUGCGGCGUAUAUGAAGUGAACGACAUUGAAUCCCUUUACGACGAAUUAAUGAAUUUAAUUGUGAAACUAGGGAAUCAUGGAGUUAUCCAUGGCGAUUUUAACGAAUUUAACAUUAUGAUUACAGACAGUGGGAAACCGAUUCUUAUUGAUUUCCCACAGAUGAUUUCCACAGAGCACGUUGACGCCAAACACUAUUUUGAAAGAGACGUAAACUGCGUGCGGGAUUUCUUCCGAAGGCGUUUCGCUUAUGAGAGCGAAUUAUAUCCAACAUUCGAAGAUAUUUCAAGAGAAGAUUGUAUCGAUGCGGAAAUUAAAGCCAGUGGUCUGACAAGGCAGAUGGAAAAGGAUCUAUUAAAAGAAAUGGGAAUAUUGGAGAACGAAGACGAGGAAACCGCUCAAACAGAAGACGAAUCGAACAAGGAAUCUGAAGAAGAAAUUAGUAAUCUACGGCUUCAGGUUGAAGAGUCUGUCAACAGUGAACUAGCGAGUACACCAGACGUUCAGGCAUCGACGUUGGCAAACAACCUGGGAAAUGUGAUGGACAGGACGUUAAAUCUCGAGAAUGAACGACCGCGAGAUGACCAUGUAAAUGCUGACUCCGACAACGAGUCUGCAGAUUCAUUUGACUCUGCCGUGGUAACCUUCGAUUCAGAGAACGAAUGUCCGGAGAUUGUUAAAUCGCAGUGCGACUCGAGGAGCGUGUACAGUACAACGACAACCGCCACAAUUGCCCCAGAAGUUAUCAAAGCCAAAGUGAAGGUGGCGUUACAGAAACGCGGGAAGAAGGAGCAGACUAAAAGAGUUCUCGUGAAAGGAGAAGCGCACGCAACAACCAGAAUUAGAAGAGAAAACAAGGACACCAUUAAGCAGUCGACAGGAAUAUGGGGAUGGGAAUGAAACGUACAAAUAAUUAACGACCGUUGCAGACUGAUCGUUCCCGAGUAAAAGUGGAUCACCACCGAUAAUAAAAUGCUCUCCGUUCAUUAAACAGGCUUUUUCUUUUCCUGCGUGUCGCUCCAAGAAUGUAAUACAAAAUCUUGAAAGCUACAAGCGAGGAGAACGAAUAGGCCGACGAAAACACGCUCUUAAUUCUACAAACACGUGCUUUCAUUUUAUCAGUCUCGUCUGAUUACUUAAGCAGCCGAUAUUUUUGUUUACAACAUCUCACGCAUAACAUUCCGAGAACAAACGAUUACGGGACGCCUGUAAUCGACACGGUCUGGAAACAACACCCUGGAAUUGUUCGCGAACAAUCAAGUUACAACGAGAACAAGAAAUCACAGUAUUUUUAGAGUAUUUUGUAAACUCGGUAAACGUAAUCACAGUGUUAAGCAGAUAAGAUAACGUACGCUUGUUUGACACUGGAUACAGAGAUAGAAGGAAGCUCGCGACAGUUAAUCAGGCAGGAAUAAACCCG